AUGCGUGACCAGCGAAAGCGAACUGCCGAGCUAUACAACCGUUGGGGUGUAUCCCGCAGCUACCGCCCUAUCAUGUUUCUACAAGUACCUGUCUUCAUUGCACUCAUGGAGAGUCUGCGCGGGAUGAGUGGAAACAACAGCGGCAUCUUCGCGUGGUUAUUUUCUCUCAUCGAACCGGCUCAAGAUCCUGCUUCCGCGACCCAGUCUCUGCAUCUGACCGUCGAGCCCACCUUUGCGACUGAAGGCGCCCUCUGGUUCCCGGAUUUAUUGGCUGGGGACCCUACAGGCGUGCUGCCAGCUCUUCUGACUGUGUCUAUAUUGUCAAAUGUCAUGCUUGGGUGGAAAACAAAGCCUCUGAAAGAGCUGUCUGAACUCCCGAAGCUACAAAUGUAUAAGGAAGCAACCUUCCGCGGUCUACGAGUCUUCGUCCAGGCUUUGGCAUGCUACGUUGGCUUAGCGGGCUUUGCUUCUGAGAUGCCAACUUCGCUCUUACUCUACUGGAUCACCAGUACCAAUGUUGCUACGCUGCAGACUUGGAUACUGGAGAACAAAGUGUUUAAACCGCCGACGCUUUACAAAUUCGAGAGAAAAUACGUCACUUUCAACAAGCCGGGAGUCGAUGAUCCCUUCCAGCUGAAGAACAUGCGCUGA